AUGGUUGCCCAGCUUGGACCGUGCCACCACCCCAGUGGCUCCCUUCUCCGUCCAAUGCAUAAGCUUACGUGUACCGUGCACGAGAGGCACGGCCAGUGGUUCUGUGGCGGAAUAGGCGCCUCUGUGGCGUCUUGUCAGCCGACACCAUAUCUCUUGUCUCACUUUGGACGUGCAGUCUCAGCGUGCCUCGUGCAUUUGGGCCUUUGUCUCCUAGGUCACAAAGCACCACGCCACUUACGGAAGCACGGAACUAUUACCGCUUGCAAAGCGGCCAAUAUGGCAGCGUCAAAGCGCAGCGUGGAUCCAUCCACGUUUAAAUUGCCAGUCACUCCACGAAGAUCGCUCGACAACGAAUUUCCCUACCGGACGCCCCAUUCGUCCGCCCCGAGCCCUGCCGAUGCAGAUAGCGCCUCAAGUCGCUCUGCAAGCCUGUCACCUGCCGCAGCUGGUCUGGACAACUCGUGCCACUCGGCCUACUCAGAUCUCAUAACGAUGCGUAGAGAACGGCACAACGGCUCCUUCCGUGCUCUGGGUCAUUUCAAGUUCUCGAACAGCAGCAUCAAGUUUAAAAUUGUAUGGUCUGGACAGAAUCCAAAGAAGGGAUGGAAACCCAUUCUCGUGGAGCAACCCACACAGCCCGGCCUAUCUUCAACCGUGUCUCUACCACGGGCCGUUUCAUCCAUUCGCUCAAAUGCCGACUCGGACGCACCUUCCUUACAUGAGGACACCUCUUUCGAAGCAGGUCUGAGGCGCCAACAAGGCACCGCGGAUGGAUUUCACAAUCGCAAUCGGAUGGUGACUAGACGUGGUAUGCCGCAUCACUGCCACCGCCGUGAAGAGGCUCCGUACAUGCAAUCAUAUAGCCGUGUAUCCUUAGACAGCGAAUUGCGGACAUACGAACUGCUCCGCCGCCUUAACCCAAAUUGCUCGCCAUCAUUUCAUAACUACGGCAAGAACCCGCCGUCUCGGGUCCUCGACCUCGGCUGCGGGAAAGGGUACUGGGUGCUGAACGCGGCCAGGUCAUGGAAAAAUACGAAGGUGACCGGCCUUGAUCUGAUUGACGUUUACAACAUGUGCGGCAAGGAGCCACAUUCUCCGGAGUCACCGUCGGAGGAGGUCCACAAUGUCGAAUGGGACAGGAGCAAUUUCGCGAAAGAUCCGUUGCCGUACGCGGAAGAUUCCUUUGAUCUUGUAAGAAUGGCCAACUUGAGUCUCUGCAUCCCUCGGCAACGUUGGGAAUUCGUGUUCAGUGAAGUGUGGCGCGUCCUUGCGCCUGGCGGCCGGCUCGAGCUCAUCGAUGACGACCUGGCCUUCCCUGCAAUUGCGCCACCGCCAUUGUCUGUGCCACGCCUUCAGAAGUCCAUGAACAGGCACUGUGUCAUCAUUGGGGCUGCCCCUGAAGAAGUCGAAGUGGCUGAGCACGAUCACUCUACCAUAUGGCCGGGUCACACGCGUACGGUUCCUCAGGCGGUGUCCGAGUACGAGGAGAAUGUUGCCACCUGCAAGGAUCUGGAGACAAUCUUCAACAAUAUGCUUGUAGAGAGGUCAAGAUUCGGCGAAGGCGUGAAGAAGCUGCAUGAAAUCACCUUGGCGAUACCUUCGGAGGCAUACAUGGAGAGCGCGGACACUGCACGGCCACCGGCGCGACGGAAGAACAGCGAGCCCGUCCAAUUCGUAAGCGCCCCGCUGAGCCCGAAAGUGACGCAGAUAUUCUCUGGCAAUGAAUCGCUGCGGUCCUCGCGCUCCUCCAAACGGUUCCAGCCGCCAGGACUUGUGCUAAUGUCGACAGGUGCCUUUCUCCCCUUCUCCCCUUCGGAGAUGGAAAUGCACGUGUGCAAGAACAUUCAAACACUCUUGUCCUGUGGCGAUUCGCUCACGGACUUUAUGCUGGGCAAAAAAGACACAAACGGACAGCCUCUGCUGUCGGAGGAUCAGAUACAAGAAUACCUCUGGGACUACGAACGAUUCAGACGGCAACGCUUCAACUUGCCCAGUGAUCCGCCAGGUCUGCAAAUGGAAGAAGAGCAAGUGGAACAGUCUACCUUGACUUCUUUCCUUCGACGCACAGCGAAUGUUUCUCCGACGCUUUCUCCCACUCGAGGGCGCUCAUCUUCCGCUCCAUCUUUCAGCCCACAAGGCCAGCUUUCAGACGACGAAUUGAAAGAGCUGACCAAAGUCCGGACAUUUCGCGUAUGGUCCGCCGUCAAGGCGGACCAUGGCUCGCCACUGCCCACGUUUUCUUCAUGA